CUCGGAAGCGUUUCAGAAAGGUGGCCGGAAAGGGGCAAAGAGAGUAAUGAUUGUAAUCACAGAUGGAGAGUCGCACGACAGCCCAGACCUGGAGAAAGUGAUUGAGGACAGCGAGAAGGACAACGUCACCAGAUACGCGGUGGCGGUAUUGGGUUAUUAUAACAGAAGAGGAAUCAAUCCCGAAGCCUUUUUAAACGAGAUAAAAUUUAUAGCGAGCGACCCGGAUGACAAGCAUUUCUUUAAUGUCACAGAUGAAGCAGCACUCAAAGACAUUGUGGACGCGCUGGGGGAAAGGAUUUUUAGCUUGGAAGGAACCAACAAGAACGAAAUCUCCUUUGGCCUGGAAAUGUCCCAAACUGGCUUUUCAUCGCACGUUGUGGAAGACGGGAUCUUGCUGGGGGCGGUUGGUGCCUACGACUGGAACGGAGCCGUCCUGAAGGAAACCAGCAGCGGGAAGGUCAUUCCCUUGCGGGAAUCUUAUCUCCAGGAGUUCCCGGAGGAGCUGAAAAAUCACGGAGCGUAUUUAGGUUACACCGUCUCCUCCGUCAUAUCCACCAAGCACGAGCGGAUUUACGUCGCGGGAGCACCCAGGUUCAACCACACUGGGAAAGUCAUCAUUUUCAGCAUGCACAACAACCGGAACCUCACCAUCCAUCAGGCGCUGAAGGGAGAGCAGAUCGGCUCCUAUUACGGCAGCGAGAUCAACUCCCUCGAUGUCAACGGUGAUGGCGUCACCGACGUUUUGCUGGUGGGAGCCCCCAUGUACUUCAGCGAGGGCAGGGAGAGGGGGAAGGUCUAUGUCUACACCCUGCGGGAGAACCGCUUCGUUUCCAGUGGUGCCCUCGUAGAUCUGCAGAGCUACCAGAACUCCCGCUUUGGCUCCUGCAUCGCCGCCGUGCCGGACCUCAACCAGGACUCCUACAAUGACCUUGUCGUCGGGGCACCUUUGGAGGAUGAGCAUCAAGGAGCGAUAUACAUCUUCCUUGGCUUCAAAGAUACCAUCCUGAAGAAGUACAAGCAGCGGAUAGCAGCUGCGGACCUCGCACCAGGCCUGAUGUACUUCGGAUGCAGCAUCCACGGACAGUUGGACAUGAACGAAGAUGGGCUCGUAGACUUGGCUGUCGGCUCUCUGGGGAACGCUGUGCUGUUGUGGUCCCGCAGCGUGGUUCAGAUCAAUGCCAGCAUCCACUUCGAGCCCUCCAAAAUCAACAUCUUCACCAAGGACUGCAAGCGGAACGGGAAGGAUGCCACCUGCAUGUCGGCCUUCGUCUGCUUCACCGCCGUCUUCCUCUCAGCUCACUUCCAGACGGCCAGCGUGGCACUGCGGUACAAUGCCACCAUCGACGAGCGCAGGUACACGCCGCGGGCUCACCUGGACGAGAGCGGAGAGCGGCACACGCAGAAGGGGCUGGUGCUGCUCGCCGGGCAGGAGCACUGCGACAGGCUCCAGUUCCACGUCUUGGACACCGCUGACUAUGUGAAGCCGGUGACGUUCUCCAUCGACUACGAGCUGGAGCACCCCGAGAAUGGCCCCAUGCUGGACGAUGGCUGGCCCACCUCGCUCAAGGUCUCGGUCCCUUUCUGGAAUGGGUGCAAUGAAGAUGAGCACUGCGUCCCUGAUCUGGUCCUGGAUGCCAGAAGUGAUGUGCCCAGUGCCAUGGAGUACUGCCGGCGGGCGCUGCGGAGGGCACCGCCGGACUGCUCAGCCUUCACCCUCUCCUUCGACACCUCCGUCUUCGUCAUCGAGAGCAGCAGGAGGAGGGUGGCGGUGGAGGCGACGCUGGAGAACCGGGGUGAAAACGCCUACAGCACGGUCCUCAACAUCUCCUUCUCCAGAAACCUCCAGUUCGCCAGCUUGAUCCCCAAGGAUGACACGGACAUCAAUAUCGACUGCAUGACCGAAGACAAGCACCCCAACAAGAAAGUGUGCAACGUGAGCUACCCAUUCUUCCGAGCCAAGGCCAAGGUAGCUUUUCGCCUGGAUUUUGAAUUCAGCAAGUCGAUUUUCCUUCAAAACAUGGAGAUCUACUUGAUCGCCAACAGCGACAGCGAGGAGAAGGAGAGCACCAAGGAGGACAACUUCGCCCACCUGAAUUUUCACCUGAAGUACGAAGCCGACCUGCUCUUCACCAGGUCAUCAAGCCUGGACCACUACGAAAUCAGGUCAAACAGCUCCCUGGAGAGAUACGACAGCAUCGGCCCCCCCUUUCGUUGCACCUUUAAGCUACAGAACCUGGGCUUCUUCCCCGUGGAGGGCAUGACCAUCAAGAUCACCGUCCCCGUGGCCAACCGCGCGGGCCACCGCCUCCCGCUCCUGACCGAAUUCGUGGCGGACCAGGAGAACACCACCUGCAACAUCUGGGGAAACACCACUGACUACCGGAGGACGCCUGCCGAGGAGGACCUCUCCCACACCCCCCACCUGAACCACAGCAACUCUGACGUCAUUUCCAUCGACUGCAAUGUGAAAUUAGCCCCCAACGAGGAGAUGAACUUGCACUUGCGUGGCAAUCUGUGGAUGAAGUCUCUGAAAGCACUGAAGUUCAAGUCACUGAAGCUCACCACGAACGCCGCUCUCCAGCGACGCUUCGGGAGCCCCUUCAUCUUCCAUGAGGAGGACCCCAGCCGUCAG